AACCGAAGAAGAAAAAACCCGGAAGUGAGUUGCUCCAUGUUUGUUUGCACAUGUUUAUUUAGUAAACGUUGUCUAAUUUAAAUGGGCAAUAUCUACAGGAUAAAUGAGUGAAGAAUGAAAACUGGAGGAGUUUUACAGACAGUUAAAGGCAGGUUUUAAAGAUGCUCAGUGACUCAGAAGCUGCAGAGCUGCGGUCCUUCCUGAGCCCCGGGACCAGAGCUGACGUCAAGGCCAAGGCCACGGAUUAUAUUCUGGGACUGUCGGGUCACAGAGAUGGGUGCCGGUUCCUCCGAACCAAACCGGACCUGAUGGCCUCCCUGUUGGCGCUGACCUCUGACCCCUGCGUUGCCAUGGUGAAGACCUGUUACCUGGCCCUCAUCAACCUGUCAGCUGAUGAGACUCUGCACCAGAUUCUGGUGAAGGAGGUCCACGUCGUCCCGGUUCUGCUGCAGAACCUGGUGGAUCCAGAGUGCCAGUUCUCGGAUCAGAUCUGCACCAUCCUGUCCAACCUGACCCGCCACCAGAGGACCUGCAGGGCCGUCUUCCAGGUCCUGCAGGAGGACGUGGGUCUGGUCCAGCUGGUGGAGAUCUUCUGCAGCGAAGGCUUCAACCAGAAGGCCAACCUGCACUACCUGGGUCCUCUGCUGUCCAACCUGACCCAGCUCCCCGAGGCCAGAGCCUGCAUGAUGGACCGGGACAGGUGUGUCAUCCAGAGGUUGUUGCCCUUCACUCAGUACGAGGCGUCGCUGGUGAGAAGGGGCGGAGUCAUCGGAACGCUGCGGAACUGCUGCUUCGACCACACUCAUCACGACUUCCUGCUGAGCGAGGCCGUGGACAUCCUGCCCUUCCUGCUGCUGCCGCUGGCCGGAGGGGAGGAGCUGAGCGAGGAGGAGAACGAAGGUCUUCCUGUGGACCUGCAGUACCUGCCAGAGGACAAGAAGAGGGAGGAGGACCCCGACAUCAGGAAGAUGCUGCUGGAGACACUCUUACUGCUGACCGCGACUCGAUCCGGUCGCCAGACGCUGAAGGAGAAGAACGUUUAUCCCAUCAUGAGGGAGUUCCACCGCUGGGAGAAGGACGCUCACGUCAGGGCGGCCUGCGAGAAGCUCGUCCAGGUGCUGAUCGGAGAUGAGCCGGAGCAGGGCAUGGAGAACCUGAUGGAGGUGGAGAUCCCGGAGGACGUGGAGGAGAAGCUGAAGGAGGCUGACAGCAGGGAGCAGGAGGAGCUGCAGGAGGAGGAGCAGGAGAGGAGGAGACAGGAGGAGAGGGAGGCAGAAACAAACAGAGUGGACUGAAAAUUUCAAAAACUGAAUCAUGUUUGAUGUUUUUACCUGAAGGAAUGACAUCACCUGCAGCCAAUCAGAGCUCAGCUUCAGCUACGACCAAGCUAAAGUUUAGCUCCAUAUCUGGAAGCACUCAGACUGACGCGCCUCCAUCUUACAGAGAAUAAAACAAGAACCUGAGCUUUGUUUUUAUUUUGUAUUUCUCUGUUUGACCAGCAGGGGGAGUCAGAUCCUGUAAGGUUUCUGUAGCCCGUUCUCCAGCCCCUCCCUUCACUCCUCCCAUCUGACAGGAAGUUCGUCUUCAACUUGAAAAUAAACAGAAAGUUAAACAUGUUUAAAAACUCGAGCAGGAGACCCGGAUCCGAACCAGAACCGGCUUCAUGUGGGUGCUGUGACCCUCAUUCAGGUUACAUUCCUUAAAGACAAACAGGAAACAGUUUAAACUUUCAUCUAAAAUAAAACAGUAAAACCUGA